CGACACAUUGGUUAACAACAGCCUGUGGAAGAAGAAAUUAUGACUGAACCGUUUUUGCAAGGAUAAGACCUGUUUUUCAGUAGAAAACCCUAGAAUUGACACCGAAAGGUGGAUUGGAGAGGCAAACAACCGUUAAACACCGAACUCUAAAGCGUCCUGAGAAAUUGAUUGUGUAGGAGCUUCGCCUUGAACGCCGCCGAAGGCUCUAUCAUCAAUCUCUCCAGGCGUUUGGCACCAAUAAAUCUGGCAGCUAUAGGACAGUUACACGAAACAAACGGCUUGGGUUACUUAGACAACAUUUUCUGAGCGGCGAGAACCUAUAUCACUGUAGCAUAUGGAUAUGGUGUGGACGGAUAGGGGCUGUGAAAAUUGAUGGGACUUGGUCCAAAAGUGCAACUGUUUGAUUGCGCCGGUUGGAACUGGGGCAGUGAAUGUUCCCAGUAAGCUACGCAUGGACUUGUCAACAGAAAGACGAUCAACCAACGCAUCCUUUUGUUGUGGUAGAAAAAUUGUUCCACAUUGUAGCUUAUUGCAACAAUAAAAAAACAACCAUCAUUUAUGAGAAUUCAGGCGAGGUAUUUAAACUGGAUCCCAGUUCGUCUAAUUAGGGGAUCCUAUCGACUACGGAUUUGAUUCAUCGCUUUCAAAGACAACCCACUGCUCCCCUGAAAGGGACAAGAUGCCGUUCCACCAUGUGACGGCAGGGCUGCUGUACAAGGGGAACUAUCUGAGUCACUCUCUGUCUGAGGACAACGACUGUGACCAGCUGGCCAGCAUCUCUGAGGAGGAGCUAAACGAGAUCCGGGAGGCAUUCAGGGUGUUGGACCGGGAUGGGAACGGGUUCAUCUCCAAGCAGGAGCUGGGCAUGGCCAUGAGGUCUCUGGGAUACAUGCCCAGUGAGGUGGAGCUGGCCAUCAUCAUGCAGAGACUAGACAUGGAUGGAGACGGGCAGGUAGACUUCGAUGAGUUCAUGACGAUCCUGGGACCCAAGCUCCUGUCUUCUGAAACCAGGGAGGGCUUCCUGGGGAGCACAAUAGACAGUAUAUUCUGGCAGUUUGACAUGCAGCGCAUCACCCUUGAGGAGCUGAAACACAUCCUGUUCCACGCCUUCAGAGACCAUCUGACCAUGAAGGACAUCGAGAACAUCAUCAUCAACGAGGAGGAGAGCCUCAACGAGAACUCGGGACACUGUCAGGCAGACUUUGAAGGAAUCCAUUCUAAAAAUAAGAACCGGCAGACGUGUGUGAGGAAGAGUCUGAUUUGCGCCUUUGCCAUGGCCUUCAUCAUCAGCGUCAUGCUCAUCGCGGCCAAUCAGAUGCUGCGGAACGGCCUGGAGUAGCCACACCCAGCCACGCCCACUGUGAGCGGGAAAAACUAACCUGCAUGUGCAUGAUGAAAGUGGGUGAGGUCAUUUCCUGUUUCUUUAGAAAGAAAAAAAAACGACUUCAAAAAUACCUCACUUGAUGGUGACAAAAAAAACAGAAAACACUGAAUGAUAAACCAUCAGAUUUUUCUGAGUGGAUGACAGUCUGACGUCCACCGACACUCAGAAGCCAGCAUGAGGAGUCCAGCGAGACCCCUCAUAACCCCAUUACUCUGGCAGGGACAUUCAAGGGCUGACUUUCGCUUACUCUGCUGUCUCUGUUCCCUAAUGCAAUAAAGACACAAGUACAGGAGUUCAGUACUCUUCCUCUCUUCCCUACCCAGAGUCUUCAUAUGAAGGUACCUUGGAAUUCAAUUUGAACUUCUUGCCUCAGAAGGCCGAAUCAUGGUGGAUUGAGACAUGCCCUCAGUGUGUUUGUACAAGGCAGCAUCCUUGUGGAUUGAGACAUACCCUCAAUUGGAUCUGUGUGAGAGAGAAUGGAGCUGUGCCUCCUGCAGUGCAGAGAGCCUGAUUAGUUACAGGGCACACCGCUGCAGUCUGGCUACGCACAUACACUCUUACGCACACAUCUACGCAUGUACUUCCACACACACACAAUAAUUGGCCUGUUAUUCUAGUUUCCUGAGGGCGGGUGGAAGCCAGCUCACCGCUGGAGCAUACAGUAAAGCUCUGGAUGCGACAGGCAUGAUGGUGCCGUCUGCUGUAAGGCUGUUGUUUAAGCUCUUCUAGAAGCUUUCAUCCAGAGUUCCGGAGUGAAAUCAGUGGGUAUUCCUGUGCCCAAAUUCCUCACUGUUACUGUAUCUGUGUACAUUCCCAGUGCUAAACAGAACAGUGUUUGAAAGACCAUAGCUGUGAAAAGUCUGGGCUGUACUGUACCUAUGAUCUAAUUCCUCUUGAGGUAGGUAUGCCUGAACUCCUGUAUUGUAUUGACUCUCAUGGUAAUAUAUAAACCACCUACAGUUUGCUGAAGACUGCUUGUAAUAGCUACAGUAAUGCAUGUGAUCAAGUCUACGUCGAUAUGUAAAUAUGUAUGUAACCCAUGUUGUUGUUGUCUAUGUGUAUAGGGUGACGGUGUUCUACUCUGUAUGUGCAUGAUUGUUGAUACACUCUACUCCCAAUUUAGAGGUGGAGGGAAGGAGAGAGCACUGUGAAACCAGAGGCUGCUGCCUUCCAAAUCACAAUACACAGACAGACAGACAGACAGACAGACAGACAGACAGACAGACAGACAGACAGACAGACAGACAGACAGACAGACAGACAGACAGACAGACAGACAGACAGACAGACAGACAGACAGACAGA